CAACUCUCGUGGCGCGGGAGAGGUGCGGAGUAGAGCAGCUACAUGAUGUCGUCCCCACUUGAAGCGCUUGAAACGAAUUUAGAGAUGUUUAUCGAGAAUGUUCGGCAGUUAGGAAUAAUUGUUAGCGACUUUCAGCCACAAGGGCAAACCACGUUAAACCAAAAAAUAAAUCAUAUUGUCACUUUGAUGCAAGAGGUGGAUAGAUGUAAGCCACAAGUCCAGGACAUACAAGUGCCAUUAGAAGUGUUCGACUACAUUGACCAAGGAAGAAAUCCGCAACUGUUUACGAAGGAUUGCAUGGAAAAGGCGCUGACCAAGAAUGAACAAGUCAAAGGCAAGAUCGAGUCCUAUCGCAGGUUCAAGGCACUGCUGCUUCUGGAGCUGAGCAAGGUGUUCCCCACAGAAAUGGCCAAAUACAGGGCCAUCAGAGGCGACGAGCGACCAGCCACAUAGAGGCCUCAUGUAAACUGUGAAGUGUAUAUAUGUCGAAACUAGUUCACGAAAGGCUGAUUCACACUAUGCCGACACGAGAAUGAUUUUGGUCUGCCGACUGAUGACGUGAGCAAUUUACAGGAUGGAAACGCUGUGGCCAACGAUUUGAAGAAAGAAAGCUAUGUCGCGAACAGUCGGCAGACCAAAAUUGGUGCGGUGUCGGCCAUGUGUGAAUCAGCCUUAAGGAAACCUUGUACUACAAUAUAUUUGUUUGCCUUAGGGACAAAAAAAUUGGCCGCCAUCCUGCCCUGCAAACGUGAAUAAGGUGCCAGACGGGUGUCCCUUCUAUAUGUGAAAGCAUGGCGACACGUCACCAAGUGUGUUUGUGUGUGUGUAUAUAUAUAUAUAUGUAUAUAUACUGUCGUUGAAAAGAAAAGUGUACAAUCAUUGCAUUCUACUGGUGCUAACACAUUGGGCAGAAGCUUGGAGGAUAACAAAGAAGCUCAAGAACAAGUUAGGGACAGCACAAAGAGCGCUGGAACGAAAAAUGUUAGGCCUAACGUUGAGACGGGAAGAGAGCGGUGUGGAUCAGAGAGCAAACGGGGAUGGCCGAUAUUCUAAUCGACAUUAAGAGAAAAAAAAUGGAGCUAGCAGGCCUGGUAAUGCGUAGGAUGGUUAAUCGGUGGACCAUUGGAGUUAAAGAAUGGAUACCAAGAGAAGGGAAGUGCAGUCGAGGACGGCAGAAAACUAGGUGGGGUGAUGAAGUUAGGAAAUUUGCAGGCCCAAGUUGGAAUCGGCUAGCUCAAGACAGGGGCAAUUGGAGAUCGCAGUGCUUUUAGAGGCGUUCGUCCUGCAGUGGACACAAAUAUAGGCUGAUGAUGAUGACAUGGCUCUCAAAUAAACCACUAACUUGUGAGUAGAUGAGCAACACGAGAACAAGGUGAGAGCAGGAGCCAACAUUUCGACAAGUGGACUUGUCUUCUUCAAGGCGACAUAGGCUCUCUUCGGCAUAGUAUAGGCGACAUAUGCCGAGGAGAGCACAUGUUGCCUUUAAGAAGACAAGUCCCCUUGUUGAAACGUUUGCUCCUGCUCUCACCUUGUUCUCGUGUUGCUCAUCGUCUUGAAUUUCCAUCUCCCUGCGUCUUCUCUGGACCCCAAUAAAGUUAUUUCACUCACUCCCGCAUUCCCCGUGUUUUCCCUGGAUAACUCAUGAGUAGAACGUUUGCAAAACUUUUGUGAACAAUAAUAAAUUCACGUAAAGUAAAAAUUUACAUAUCAAAUUUGUCCACUUUGGAUGCUCUAGUAGAUGCAGUUUUUGAAACUGCGAUAUCUGUUCUAGGUGCAGAGCUACACUUUGUUUACUUUGUAAACUUCGUGCUUCUAUUUUUUUUCAAAAUUCUAUACAAAAAUUGAGGUCCUAAAUCGAAAUUCCACUUACAACAGUCACUAGAAAUUAACUUUCUCUCUCAAAUGCAAGAACUCAUUAAAAUUGGCCUAGAGGUUAUCUCAGAAAAGCUUUUCUGCGUUUCACAUGUAUUUGAAUAGGCGGCAUCACAGUUGGGCCCGAGCUAAAGCUUCCUGUUAAAGACUUUGCUGGUCUGAUGUGGCAGAAGCAUGGGGGAAGAAAAAAAACUGAGGAGAGGCCUACCCCCUCUGCAUGCUAACAUGUUUAAAAUGUAUAUCAGGUCACAAUUAUGUAUUGUUAUUUGUAUACUAAAUUCAGAGGUUGCGUCAUCAAACUUCACUGUGGACAUUCUCUUACAAUUUAUGUGCAGCUGAAGAAAUUAAUGCCACUCAUGCACCGUGUUGAGAACAUUUGUUUAUGUAACAUACGCAUUGCACUGGCCCAUUUAAAAGUAUUCAGACAACAUAUGUAAACAUAUCAGUCACCAAUGCUACAAAAACAUAUGAACAGCAGAAAAAACUUUUCAGUCACAUGUACUUGAACUUUCAAAAUGUCGUUAGCUUAUUGGUAAUGUAAACUGGGCUUGCAGUGAAGCUCAGCUUGGAAAUUACGUUCUAUGUCAAUUGAUUUUUACAUAAUAGAAGUCUUGAAAGCAGUGUUAUACCCAUGCCGCACGGUCAAAGUAAAGUGCACUUUGAGCGAGUGCACUUCGCAGCUAGGUGUCAUUCGCACGCUGCCACACGGGAACGCUUAGCGACACUCACUGCAGAGCGCACUAUGCCGGCGAGUGUGUUCGGCGAACUCAUUUGGCGGCGGCGAAGUGUGUAGCCUCGUUAGCGAUGAGUGAAAAAUAAGUAACAUAUUAUUGAGAGAUGAGUCAGGGGUAAUGUUUAAUAACAUUGUUUUAAAGAAUUACUGACGUUACAAGAUAAUAAAAUGUGCCACACCGCAAAAACAACUAGAACAGCAAAAAAGUACUCUCGCUCUCGGGCUGUUCACGACCACACCGGAUAAUGGCUGCGCAGUAGUUUAGCGGAUUGAGUUGUUUUGACUGUUGCUGAUCAAGUUGCGUCGUUGCCGGCGCUUGUAAAGGUGGAUUGUAAAUGUUGUUUCCAAUAAUAAUAAACUGUUUUUGUGCACACAUUUUUAUAUUAACAAAUAUAUGCUUUCCUGUCUGACUCCCGAUCGCCACGACCAUCAAUUUGAAACAACACUUUUCUUUUUCGUGUAGCAGCGCGCCGCCAAAGUGACACUCGGCGCACUGAAGUGCACUCGCUCAAAGUGCAUUUUACAUUGCCCGUGUGGCAUGGGUAUUACCGCCCUUCACAAUGCACUCGAUUACAUUUCUCAGUGGUGUGGUGUAUCCAAAACAUUGUAAAGCACUCUGAAAUCUUGUAAUUGGAAUGGAGCACAACCACUCUUGUGUUCAAGACAUAAUACAACAUGUGUUGCUGGGCAAGUUGGCAUGUAUUUGUGAAUAAACAGGAAGCCUUUGAGACAUGCAGAUGUGUUCACAAGGAAAGAACUGGACUAGAUUUAAAUUUCAAUUCACUUUAUUUACCAGAUAGCCCUCACAAGAGUUGCUGCACUUGCAACUCUUCCCAUUCUUUGUCAUAAAUAGAGCGCUCAUUUUUCUUGAGCACCCUUUUCGCUGGUUUCCCUAUUACAAACACACGCAUUGUGCAAUACUUGCAAACCAAACAGAGAAGGUCGUGGAAAAUGUGCACUACACAUCACAACCCAAGCCAGCUGCGCUACCUAAUAGCGCAUGCAGUGACCUGCCAGUGACUAUUUGAAGCUGUUUCAUAAGUGUACGUACGAGUGCCUUCCUAACAGUUACCAGUUGCAGCAAAUGUAUACGCACAACAUCCGGUCCUGAGCAAACAACGAGAGCUUAUGUUACAUCUGUAACGUUAUACCAGGGGCAUCUACUUUACGUGAUUGGCACAGCCAUAUCACCUACAAUCAGUUACUGUCCCGACCGCGUGUGAUCAACAAGCAUGACGAAUGCUCUCCACACUGUGCUAUGGCGGCUAUGUCGGAUCAGGCUAUUUGCCUCUAAAGAUGGUGGGAACCGGCUUCACUUGUGGAGAGCCACCUCCACUCCAGUAAGUAUAUAACCUCCUCGAUCGAUGCCCCAUAGGGUGCCGCCCUCUAGAUUUAAAAUGAGGAUCUUAAAUGUUAUGCUUUUGCUGAUUGAAUGUGGCGGAAGAGAUUUCGGGAACCAGAAACAUGUCCUAGACUUUGGGUUUUGGACAAAAUUUGGCUUCCAACAGGCACUACAUUUUUUUUUUCUUUAAUGCAACAAACCUCACCAAUUUUGGUCCAGUGGUUGCCUAUAAAAACGAUUUCUUCAUUCCCCUGUAUUUAGAUAGAAGCCACAGAGCUAAAGCUUCCUCUUAAUGCUAGUAGAC